AAAGAGAGUGGUGCCUUGUGUGCCAUGUGAGAUUGUUAAGGAAGGUUGACGUAAUAUCAUUGGUCUCCCCACUCUAAAUCUCAAAGAUGGUACGAACAUAACAAAGUCUUCGGUUAGUAGAUCGGAUCGAACAGUUUGAAUCCUUCGUCGUCAGAGGAACAAAAGACAUGAAGGUGUUCAUUUUUGCGGCUUUGGCCGUGCUCAUUUUCGAGGCGUCACUUGCCGUCGAUACUCACGAACACAACAAGGUCGUCUGUUAUUGGAAUGUUACGUCGUUUGAAAGACAAGGUCCUGGAAAAUUCCAACUCGAGGAUGUUAGACCUGCCUUAUCUCUCUGUACUCAUUUAAUAUACGGUUUUGCUGGCAUUAAUCCCGAUACGUUUGAAAUUAUUUCAUUGAAUCCAAAUCUGGAUACUGGCGCUGGCUAUGCGUAUUACAGAUUGACAACACAAUUGAAGAAAUCUUUUCCAGAUCUUAAAGUUUAUCUGUCUGUCGGUGGAAAUGCCGAUCCAUACGAGGAAACACACAAAUAUCUUACAUUGACCGAAACCUCAGAGGCAAGAUCAAAGUUCAUCAACUCUGUGAACCGUCUAUUGAACGAUCAUGAUUUCGACGGUAUCGAUCUAGCUUGGCAAUUUCCACCAGUGAAAGUAAAGAAAAAUCGUGGUACUUGGGGUUCACUUUGGCAUGGAAUCAAGAAAACAUUUGGUUAUGGAAAAUUCAAGGACGAUAAGGAACAGGAACAUCGCGAUGGUUUUACCAUAUUGGUUCGUGAUUUGAAAACGCAAUUGAGACCAAAAGGAAAGGCUCUUACGAUAACCGUCCUUCCGCAUAUUAAUGCUAGUGUUUAUUACGAGGCACGAUUGUUGUCACCGAUUCUCGAUGCUAUACAUCUGAUGACGUUCGAUCAAAAAACACCAGAACGUAAUCCAAAGGAAGCUGAUUAUCCUGCUCCGGUAUACAGCAGUUAUGGACGUGUUCCAGAGGAUAAUAUCGAUUCGUCGGUUAGGUAUUGGCUAGAGAAUGGUACGCCAGGUUCUAAGAUAGUCGUUGGUAUACCAACUUAUGCAAGAACAUGGAAGCUAACCUCAGAAAGUCAAAUUUCUGGUGUACCACCUAUCAUAGCAGAAGGUCCAGGUGAACCAGGACCACAUUCCGGUAUUCCAGGAAUAUUGUCUUAUUCCGAAGUUUGCACGAAAUUGACCGAGACCAAUUUGGGACGUUUAAGGAGGGUAAAUGAUCCAUCGAAAAAAUAUGGUAGUUAUGCCUAUGAUCCGUACAAUGCCGAUACCGGAGUCGAAGGUCUUUGGGUUGGUUUCGAGGACACCGAUACGGCUGGUAACAAAGCUAGUUACGUGAAGGCCAAAGGGCUUGGUGGUGUUGCGAUAUUUGAUCUUUCGUUAGAUGAUUUCCGUGGUGUUUGCAAUGGAGAUAAAUAUCCAAUAAUACGUGGUGCCAAAUACAAGCUCUAGAUCUAUCGACAUUCGAGAGAGAUUGGAGACUGUUUUAACGUUGGAGCUUUUGAAGAGAUAUCGAUCGAUCGAUAUAUUAAUUAAUUGAUUUAAUUCGGUCUUUUUUUUUUUUUUUCUUGUCACUGAUUUUCGACGAUUAAAAAAGUUUUAUAUCCUAUUAAAUGGUCCCAUUAUCCAUA